CGCCGGACCACCUGCGGGCCAGUGCGCGGCCCGGAGCCCCUCCUCCUCAGGCUGUUCUGUUACUCCGUAGCUGCGGGGCUCGGCUCUGGAGCAGAUGAUGGAUUUUGAGAAUCUCUUUUCUAAACCCCCUAACCCAGCUCUCGGCAAGAAACCCGCCACGGAUUGUGACGAAAGAGUCGAUGGUGAAAUAGAUGAUACAGAAGUUGAAGAAACACAAGAAGAGAGAGUAAAAUGGGAAGUAAAACUGGAGUGUGAGCAAAUUCCCAAAAAAUUUAGGCACUUCGGAAGCUCUACAAUAGCACCAAAGAAUUUGCAACAUAGAAAAUCAAGAAGUAAGGACUAUGAUGUAUACAGUGAUAAUGAUAUCUGCGGUCAGGAAUCAGAAGAUAAUUUUGCUAAAGAGCUUCAGCAGUAUAUACAAGCUAAAGAGAAGGCAAAUGUUACUCAGUCCCUAUCAUUUCCUGAAGAAUCUGCAAAGAAAGAGGGAGCAAAGGAUACCCAGAAAGCUAUUAAACAAAAAAAUAAAAAUAAGAACCUGAAAGCUAUUCACAAGAAUGGUAAACAGAAGAAAAUGAAGCGAAAAUGGCCUGGCACUGCAGAGAAAGGAUCCAGCGCUUCCCUGAGGAGCAGUGGCUCACAGGAACAGGAUGGUAAACCUAAAGAGAAGCAGCAGCCUGUGAGAAUGAGUCAGGGAUUCAUCAACCAACACACGGUGCAACGCCAGGGAAAACAAAUUUGUAAAUAUUUUCUUGAAAGGAAAUGUAUUAAGGGAGACCAGUGUAAAUUUGACCAUGAUGCAGAAAUAGAGAAGAAAAAGGAAAUGUGUAAAUUUUAUGUACAAGGAUAUUGUACCAGAGGCGAAAACUGUCUGUAUUUGCAUAAUGAAUAUCCUUGCAAGUUUUACCAUACAGGAGCAAAGUGUUAUCAGGGAGAAUAUUGCAAGUUUUCACAUGCUCCAUUGACUGCUGAAACACAAGAACUGUUGGCUAAAGUUUUGGAUCCUGAAAAGAAGUCAUCAUGAAAAUAAAAUACA